CCUCGCACCGGUCUUCCCAUUUGCAUCGUAGUUCAUCAACGAAUAAAGUUAACAACUUCUGUCCAUUCGUCUACCUCCUCGUCGCCUCUCCUCGGCGUCAACUAGAACUCGGAUUCCGUCGCCAACCCCGUCGCCGUCGCCAAGCUAGUUUCGUCCGCCACCAAUUUCAAGCAUGAAGUGAGGGCCGAACUCAUUCAGCUUUUGGGAUAUCCAUGAAGAAAGCUUUUGGUGUGAACUCAUUCUGGAAAGAUAGCCGGAUCCUAUGUGGCUCUUUGGCAUUGAUUGGCUGGUACUUGAAGGUGGUCUAUUGGAUGGUACUUGGAGGUGCACUUGGGAAUUAAAUACUUUAGAUGAGAGGUCAUGGACUGUGUUUUGGGGCAAUGAUUGGACUAGAAGCUGAAGCUGAAGUAUGGGGCACUAGUUUGUUGCUGGUUUGCACCGAUUUGCGGCUGGUGUUGCUGUUGUGCUUAGCCAAAAGCACUGCUAGGAGCACUGCGAGGAAGCUGUUGGUUUUUGUUGUGUUUCUAGAGUGUUUUGAGCUGCUGUUUUGACUGCCCUAACCAUAGGCAGUGGCACACAUUGAAGGGAGUUGUGUGGCCAUUGUUUGACACUAGAUGUGGAUGGUUUUUGACCUUUUUGUGACAUUGAUUGAGGUUCCUUUGUCUUGGGGUUGUUUUAACCAUUGUGAAGAGGAUUUUUGGAUACUGCUUGAAGCCCUAUCAUUUGUCCUUCUGUAACACCCUGAAAUCUGGCCCAAAAGAAUUAAUUAAAUUGUUAGAGCAAUU